AAUGGAAGAACUUUCCAAAAGGGGAAAGACUCUGAAAGCCGACAUCAGCCCCAGUCAGGUAAAAAGAAGAUCCUUGUUUCAUCUGAAGUUAAAAGGAGUCCAAAGCCAGCGACAGGAUCCCCUCUCUUGGCUGGCUAAACAGAUUGAAGUGGUGAGCAUCAGCUUGACUUCCAGAGAUGAUCAGAUUGUCCUAACAAUGGGAAGGAAUCAGAAAGCUUUAGUCAGCAUGGAACUUGCUACCAGAAAUGAACCAAAGCAGCUGGAAAUCUGCCUAGUGGAGAAAAUGCCAGGGCCAAUGUCCGUCCUGAGAGGCAACAGCUGGAAUGAGAAGCUGGGGCAACUAGAGGCUUUGGAAAAGAAGAUGGAAGCCCAGUUCAAUUUAUUGAAUGAGAAAUUAGGAAGUGUCCAAAAGCACUUAGAAGUCCAGCUUCAAAAUCCGCUCCUCGUUCUGGAAGCACAGAUUAUACAACUGAGAAAUCAGUUGUCCUCCAUUGAUGAAAAAGUUUCCCAGGAAGGAGAAAAAAAGCUCAAAACUAUAGAGUGCAUGCGGUUUGCCAACAGAGAUGAGCUGAAGGUGCAGGAAUGGAGAUAUCUCCCGGAGAAGAAGGAAAUCAGUCAUUUGGAAAAGAAAUUAGAACAGCUAAUGAAUACAGAAAAGAAGAUGGGAGAGCAGUUGAAAGCGGAGAUAAAAAACAGUCUGGGGGCAACUGAGAUGCUAUUGGAUGAGAAGUUAGGAAGUGUCCAAACACAGUUAGAAGCCUGGCUACAAAAUCCCCUCUCAGAUCUGGAAACACAGAUUAAACAGCUGACUAAUCAGUUGUCCGCCACUGAUCAAAAAGUUUCCCAGGAAAUCGAAAAUAAGCUCCAAACUCUGCACAGCAUGCUGUUUGCCAGCACAGAUGAGUUGAAGCAAUGGAAAGAUCUCCUAGAGAAGAAACUUUCAACGUCACAGCCCACUGUGGAAAUCGGUCAUUCGGAAGAGAAAUUAGAACAGCUAGAGAAAUCAGACACUGAAAAGCGUUUUGAAGCAGAACUGAAAAAACUAAGAACUGAAAUAGAUUGGAGAAGGGCUCGCAACAAUGCAGGUGACAUCAUUCUUGAUGCAGGCACAGCCCACCCCAACCUCUCCAUUUCUGGGGAUAAGAAGAAUUUGAAACAUGAAGCCCAACCUCAGAAAGUUCAUCAAAAGCCAGAGAGGUUCAAUUCGACUGUCUGUGUGUUGGGCUCUGAAGGAUUCUCCUCUGGAAAGCACUACUGGGAGGUGGAUGUUGGGAGCAGCACUGAUUGGGACCUGGGAGUGGCCAGAAAAUCCAUAAAGAGAAAAGGAAAACUUUCCUUGUUCCCUAAAGAGGGAUUCUGGGCUCUGGGUGUGAGUGGGAAAGAUUGUUGGGCAAAAACAGACCCAUGGACCUGGGUCCUAGUGCAGAGAAAGGUCAAGAAAAUUGGAGUUUACCUUAAUUACCAAGAUGGGCAGGUGACUUUUUUCAAUGUAACUGACAUGUCUGUGUUGUUCACAUUUAAUGAUUGUUCAUUCUCAGGUGCUGUUUAUCCAUUCUUUAAAAAUUCCCACAAAGAAACAAUAAUGAGAAUUUGUUCUAUAAAAGAAGACUAAUCAUUUUAAAAUGUUGUGAGAACUACAGAUAAAGUCCAUGAACCACUAGGUAACCACCACAAGGAAAUCUCAUUGAUAGCUUUAUUCUUUGUCCCCCAGGACCUUGAUGUCUGGGAAGGAAAUACUUGAACCACUCCGUUUUCCAGUUGUACAUAAUUUAUUAUCAAAACUAAGUAAUGGAGUAAAGGGAAGACAAAAUAAUAAUAAAAAAAUAUAAAUAAAACAAAAAAAUAAAAUAAGUAAAUGUAAAUAUAAAAUUGUCAUAUCAAUUCAAUUAUCAGCGUAACUAAAUAAAAACAAUAUCAAGUUACUCCUCUAUAUACAAGCUGAGGUAAUGGCAGUCCAUUUACCUAUCAGCCAAAACUACUUGAACUUUGUCUCAGUUAGGUCUAAUCUUGUAUUCCAGGCUGGUACAAAAGGGAGAAAAACAAACCAAAAGCUAAAGCUGAUGUUUGAAACACAGUUUAAAUGCCAACAAUGAGCUGCCUCCAAGAUUUCAGUGGUUAAAUUAUAGUAAUCCUUAUAUGGUCACAUGAAAUCUUCCUAAUAAUUCAGGAUAAUGGAACGUUUUAUAUUUAACAAGGCCACAAUUAUAACUAAUGACAAUUUCUUAGAUUUUAAGUUAAUUUCCAGCUUGAAAACAAUCACUCAGAAUGAUUUAGCCAUACACAGAAAUGAAAAUUCCUCAAUAUUUUUUUUUAAGUUUCUAUAUUUUGCAAGCAGAUGUUUCACUUUAUUGAUUGGUGAUGUAACGACUAAAUUCGAACAGGUGCUUUAACAUCAAAAUCUGAGUGAAAGCUUAGACUUUAACCCUAAAAGGUGGUUGACCUUAAAAAUCAUAAUUUUAGGUUCACAUUUCAGGGUAUCACUACUCAUGUUAUCGUGGUGUAUCUUUAAAAUCCUCUCAACAAUAAAAAUAUCAUA